CAAGACAUAAACCGUCGCGGCGAUGUCAUCGCGAGCCGACACGCACGCCAUGAGCAUCUUCUUGGCCAGGAAGACGGCGCGCAAUUCCCUGCUUGUCCGUCGAGAUAAGCCUCUAGAAGCUCUCUCCAGCGACGAGUACCUUGAACGGACGGGGGUGAAGCUCUUUGCCGAGGACGCGAUCAAGCAAUUUGUGCUAGACAGGUCCGACAGCGUCAAUCGGUACUUCGAGCGGUACUUUGCCAGCGUUGUGAUGCAGUCGCAUGUUGAGGGGCGAAAGUUUGAGUUCGUCAACGCCAACGUGCGCAACCGCGUCGCAUUCAUCGCAUAUCUGGAGCAAAACUUAGCUGGUGUAGAUGACAAUACAGAGCUCACAGUCGAAGACAUGCAUCAAAUCUUGGCGCUGCGGUGUCCAGGAUUCCCACGUCACAUCAUGAGCCAGGCCACGGCGCACAUCGACGUCACCCGCGGCCCUAAGAUCAACUUUCGACGACUGUUCACGUGUUUCAAAGCGUGCUUUGUGUACAACGAGUUUCUUCGCUUUACCCACGACAUCUACGGCCACGUCUUGCAAGGCGACACGAAGAAAGCUCUCGAUUCCGUCCUCACUGAGAUCCAAACGUCGGAUCGGAGGCGCAGUAGCGUCAUCGCGGCAAAAUUCGGUGAAAAGAUCGUCCUUCAACUCCAAGCUGCCCACGCUUCGUCGUCCGAGCAGUACGUCCUUCCAACCGUGAAAGUCCCAAGUAAAGUGCUUUACCAAUCAGAUUCUUCAUGCCGCCCAUGUCCCUGUUGGAAGUAUGUGUGUACACGUCGGUGUCGUUCAAACAAUUCUGCGGCGCAUUCUUGGAGCACCACGUCGUGGAAGCAAGAAUCCAUGACGUGCAAGUCGCAUACGAGAAGAUAGCAGAAGGCGCGUUUCGAACUGUCAAAGGAGGCGACGCCCACGAUGACAUUGAACAGCGGAAGGCAUCGCUGAAGAAGCGGCGGUCGUCCAAGUCCAAGAAGAAUUUCUCGUGAGGCUGUUACAGUGCGCGAAAUAAUUAUAUGCGCGCAUUGAUAUCUUCAGGAAAUCGCGAUUAAUGCCAGAUAAUACAUACACCAAGACUUCGGAGA